AUGAAUCGAGUUUGGCUCAUUUCACUUAUUAUAUGGUCAGUUUUAAACAACGUUACAGCCUAUCGAAAUAAGCACUAUGGUUAUGGUCAUAGUAAUUUCAAUGGUUGUCCUCAGUCUUCACCAUGUCCACGAGCUAGAUGCCCACCUCCACGAUGUCCUCCUCAUCCACCUUGUCCCACAUAUCCGCCAUCACCGCCUCCUCCGCCUUGUCUUCCUUUUGUUCAGCGAGUAUGUCCACCUCCUCCACCACCAUUGCCAUGUCCACCAAUAACAUGUCCAGCUCCUUUACCACCUCAGCCCUGUCCACCUGCCAAUUGUCCCGCAUUGCCACCUCCAUCUCCUUGCCCCGAGAUCAGUUGUCCAUUGCCGCCCCCACCAAUGCCGUGUCCAGCUCAGGAUUGCCCAUUCGUUGCACCACCUGCUUGUCCGCGACAAGAAUGUCCUCCACCACCACUGUGUCCGCAAGCAACAUGCCCGCCGCCCCCACCACCCCCUCCUUGUCCUCAACCUCAAUGUCCUCCACCACCACCACCACCUCCUUGCCCAGUGGCAAUUUCCAGACCAUGUCCACCUCCACCAUUACCCCCUCCUUGUCCAGAUCCUUUGCCUCCACCACCUUGCCCUAUGCCAACUUGUCUUCCAGCUCCUCCAUCAGAGCCAUGUCCUCCUCCACAGUGUCCACCACCACCUCCUCCACCACCCUGCCCUAUUCCAACAACCACUAUGUUACCUCCCUGUCCACCACCUCCACUACCUCCACCAUGUCCGCCGCCACCGAUUUGUGAGGUACUUUGCACUUUAUUUAUUAUUUAUAAACAUAAUUUUUAUUUAGAAAUCAUUAUUAUAUUACUCAAAGAAUAUUUUUCACCAAAUUAUGAGAAUUACGCCAAAAAUAUUGGAAAAUUUUGCGAAUUGCAGGAAAUCGUUGAGGAUAUUGGCGAAUCAAAACGAAAUAUAAAAGAAACGGCCCAAGAUGAGCUAAAGAAGCAAUUUAACGUGAUUUGCGCCACAACAGCAUUCUCUUAUGUUUUGAGUACUCAAAUAUACUGUCAAAUUUCGAAAUUUGAUGUCACGUGCCUAGCAUUCUCACAAUAA